CUAAAGGGCACUGAUAGGCAGUACUAAUGAGGUGGCACGGAUAGGCGGCACUGAUAGACAGCACUAAUGAGGUGACACUGAUGAUGGGUACUGAUAGACGGCACUGACUGGCAUCACUGCUGGGCACUGACUGGCGGCACUGACUGGCACAACCCCUGGGCACUGACUGGUGGCACUGACUGGCAGCACUGCUGGGCUGCACUGGUGGAUGGCACUGGUGGGCAGCACUGGUGGGUGGGCACAGGUGGGUGGCACUGGUGGGCACAGGUGGGUGGGCACAGGUGGGUGGUACUGCUGGGCACAGGUAGGUGGCACUUCUGGGCACAGGUGUGUGACACUGCAGAGUGGCACAGGUGGGUGC